CAGCUUGCAACCACGGUCAAAACUUGUGCUUGCUAUUAUGCCUGGCUAGAGUAAUAUGCAAUCAUGAUUUCCACCUGACUGAAAUUCCCUCCCCUCUUCCGUUUCUUUUUGUCUCUUUAAUCUCGAGAUUGCUUCCAUUUCGCUUGACAGUUCUUAAUCGCGAGCGACAGGAAGGGCUUGCGACAAGUAUCUAUAAGAUCAAGAAAGUCUGGCCAAAUUCUUGAAGAGCUUGCUCUUACCUUUCUCUUCACUCCCCCAACUCAAUCCCAGCCUCCAACUUUAUAACAGCACAUAUUUACAGCUCUUUACAAGGUGUCGCAAACCUAUAGUCCCCACCAAAGGCCACAUCUCAGACUUUGCCGUAACUCAUUAACUCAAACAUGGCUACGGCACCACUCUCGACCCCCCUGACGUCUCUUCUUGGGGUCAAGCACCCCGUAAUGCUCGCUGGCAUGGACCAAGUCGCCGGACCCGAACUCGCCGCUGCUGUUUGCAAUGCCGGGGGAUUUGGGACAUUGGGCGGGGCACGAUAUACGCCCAGGAUGCUCAGAGAGAUGAUAGCGGAGCUGAAGGAGAAUCUGAUGGAUAAGAAUGCGCCGUUUGGAGUAGAUUUACUUAUUCCACAGGUGGGGGGAAGUGCGAGGAAGACAAAUUAUGACUAUACGAAGGGCAAUUUGGGAGAGCUACUGGAUAUUGUCAUUGAGAGUGGUGCGAAGCUCUUUGUUUCGGCCGUGGGAGUGCCUCCAAAGUGGGCGAUUGAGAAACUUCACAAGGCUGGCGUAUUAUAUAUGAACAUGAUUGGUCAUCCGAAGCAUGUUCACAAGGCCUGCCAAGCUGGUGCGGAUCUGAUAUGUGCACAAGGAGGAGAAGCUGGAGGACACACAGGUGACAUUCCUACUAGUGUUCUCAUUCCCGCUUGCGCGGAUAUCUGCAAACAAUAUCAGUCUCCAUUGACGAAACAGCCAGUCACUCUGGUUGCGGCUGGCGGCAUCAAUGAUGGUCGAAGUGUCGCAGCAGCUCUCAUGCUUGGUGCGAGUGGCGUCUGGGUUGGUACGAGAUUCAUUACGUCCGUGGAAUCAAAAGCGCCAGCAACAAUGAAGAAAGAGGUCAUUGAAGCUGGGUAUGAUUCAUGGGUGAAGUCGAUCGUCUGGUCAGGGCGGCCCUUACGUGCGCUACGAAAUCCAUACAUCGAUGACUGGGAGAACAAUCGACAAGCGGAGAUCAAAGACUUAGCUUCUCGAGGGAUCGUACCAUUGGAGUACGAGUUAGACAGAUUGCAUAAAGAAGGAAAGCUGACAGAUGAGAUUGAAGAAGCUGCAGCUUUGAGACCUAUUGGAAUCGUUGCGGGGUCAGUCAACAAAGCUGGACAAACAGCGGCAGAAAUUGUUAAGGAAAUGGUAGACGAGACCGUUGUGGCACUCAACCAAGCCGGUAACUUCGUAAAUACAUCUGCGAAACUAUAG